AUGAUAUCAAAAUUAUCGGUAAUUUUUUUCAAUUGGAAGUCUAAUAAAUUUAUCUUUGACUUUAGAUUUUGGGUUUUUCAAACGUCCAAGAGCCGAAUAACAUGUUGAAUACUUGGUGUGGAUCUCCUCCCUACGCCGCUCCUGAACUGUUGUUAGGUAUUGCUUUUUUUCAAUUUUUUCAAUUUUUCCAUUUAUUUUUGUAACCUUCUUACGCUGUGUUUUUUUUUGAGUGCGCCAGAUUGCUUUCAGAAAUGGUAGCAGUUCAUCUUGAGAAAAUUACCAUAUUUAGGGUUAAAUUUUAGUAGAUUUUCUAAGCUUCAAGCAAGUUUUUGGAUUAAUAUUUUGGAUCAUUUUUCUCAUUUUAUAAAAAAAAUCUACACUCCAUUUACACAAUUUUCAAUAAUCUUACUAUUCUUCAAUUUCAAUAAUUGUUUUUAUGUUUCAACUUGGAUUUUAUGAAUUGCUUCAACUUCAGGAAACUCUUACGAUGGUUUAAAAGCGGAUAUUUGGUCUAUGGGUGUCUUGCUGUACAUAUUGGUUACCGGUGGUUUCCCGUUUCCCAGCGAUUCGGUUGAUAAAUUAAAACGAUCUGUUCUCUCUGGACAGGUCAAAAUUCCAUAUUGGGUGUCUGUCGGUGAGUUUUUGAUGACUUGAAAAAAUGCUCAGAUCCAUUUUGAGAGCUUCAAAAGCUAGUUAUUAUCUGAAUUUAAAGUUUAUAUAUUUUUUUCUUUUUUUCCGAAAAGCUAGAGAGUUGUUGAGCACGAAUAAAUUGGUCGAAUGAUUUUUGAGAUAAUCCAAAAGCAAUCAAUUUCAAAAGCAAUGCUCUAAUUCUUUGUUUUCAGAAUGUGCCGAUCUCAUUCGCAAAAUGCUUGUUUUGAAUCCGGCUCGGCGAUAUUCAAUACAAAAUGUCAUACAACACAGGUUUCAUAUCGUUUUUCAUUUUCUUAUACCUUUUUGGUUUUUCUACUUUUAAUGGUCGCAUACAUCUUAAUCACUUUGAAACCUCGUGGGAAGAUAAUUUUCAUUAUUUUUCAACUGCUGUUCACUCCAGUAAUUGCGAUAUCAUUCUUUCCGGAGUGCGUUGAUUGAAUCGAAAAAAAGGCGAAAACAAUUUCUCGCUUUUCUUUUUCGAUUACUUUGAAUGUGGGGCUUGAAGGAACUUUCUCGUCAUGAUUUUGGUGGCGUAAUGCGCGCUUUUGGGGGGAGCAAAAUAAGAGAAAGACGGAAGCCUUUUGCAAGUGGUCAUUCAUCAAUAUGCAACGAAGGGAAGGACUCUCACGAGCGAAUCCGGGUUCGGAAGUUGGUGAAACGCCGCUGUGAAAAAAAAAGACUUUGAAAGCCUGGAAGUGAAUAGUUAUUUUUUUGGAUAUGUCGAGGAUAUGGGAAAAAUGAAUGAAAUAUUUUAUGUGACUAAGCUCAAAACGAUUUUUUCCUUGUUUGUAUAUUGUUUAUUAUUUUAUAAUAAUUGUCUAAAGCUUACGUAAAUGUCACUCUGACUCUAAAAAAACAAUUUUUUUCAAUCAUCAAUCAUUUUUCAAUCAUCAUUUAGAAGAUUCAAAUUUCCAUUGAAAAUAUUCCAUAGGUCUGAUUUCAUUGCAAGAAAGCUUAAAAUUCGUAUUUUGUGAAGUGAAAUUGGUCAGAAAAUCUUUUUCGGAAAAUCAUGAAAAAAUGAAUUUUUUUGCAUAAUCCAAUGAAAUUCCUAAUUUCCGAAGUCUUUCAAAGUUAUUUUGAGAAAAAAAUAAAUUUUCCCAUGAGUUCAGUCAAACUCAUUCUUCGUUUAAAUAAUAAUUCGGCCUUUCACAAUGCCUUCUUCAGGUGGAUGAAUGGUGGAGAAAUGAAACGGGUACAACCUUCACCAUCCAUGCUCCUCGACGCGGUACCAUCCAGCUCCCUAGAAAUCAGAACAACUUCCAAGUUGAACCCCACCAUAAUGCUUUUCAUGCAGCAACAUGGUCGUUGGACUGAGGAACAAAUCGUUGAGGUUCGAAUAUUUUUCGUUCUUUUUGCAUAGAAGAUUUCUUGCCAUAGUUCACGAAAUGAAACAGAACUCCCAUGUAGACGAAAAACAUGACGGGAUGAUUCCCAAGCUUUAUUUUCGAAUGAAUAAACGUAGCUUUAGUUUGUAGCUUGAUUUUCGACUUUUCGCUGCCUGGGGGAAAUAUCCGGCUUGUCAUACUAUGGGCCACAAAAACCAUGAAAUUUGCAAUGCAAAUUCUCUUUUGAUGGAUUGGACCUAUCAGGAAAACUGUCCGCUAAAAUAGUUCUAUUGGCUAUUUCUGUCCUUUGCCAUCGUAAAAUCCCUCAUAAAGACGGCCCGAAUCUUUAUCAGUACAAUUUGUUGGCCGGAACGGGGUGAUGCCAUCCAGAAAUGAUUGGUCUUUGGAGUCUUCAAGUCUAAUUUUAGACAUUUUCCAGGCGGUGCUCAAAAAAGACUUUGAGAGUCCGAUUUAUGCGACCUACGAACUUUUAUGCGACAAAGUUGGUAGGACGACGGGCGAAGGUAAUUUCCAACAUUUUCUUUGGGAAUAAGUUGUGGUGAAUGAAAAAAGCACAAGAACUGGAAAAAUUCUCUGCGAAGAAUGGCUAUAAGAUUUUAAGUUUCAUCGCAAAUUAUUGGAAAACUCUAGUUGGCCUUUCUCUCAGUUUUUCAUUGAGAAACUUUGAAGGUCCUCAACUUAUUACCUGUAAAACUUUAAAAAAAAUCUAAUUUUCAAGCAGUUUCGAGCAACGAACUAACGUGAACUAUGAUUCGUAUCUACUUUUUGAGUUUAUUCAAAAAAAUGUUUACAGAAUAGUUUCAUAUGUCAGUGGAAGCCAAAUUGCAGAUUUCAAACUAGAUAUUCGUUGUUUGAUGUUUUAGCUCCAGCCCAGACGUCUUAGCCCUUUCAAAACGUGUCAGAAAGGGUUUUUUGGUGCAAAUUGGUAAUUUUCGUAACUCUCCGAUUUGAGUAAAAUUAUGUAAAACAAGUCAAUCUUUUUUCGAACCAGUUGUCAGUUUUUUGAGCUUUGAACUUGGGCAGAAACGUCUUUGCACUUUUACGAUGCGGCAGAAAAAAGGGAAAGAAAUAAAAUAUGUCUGGCGGGCUCAAGAAGCGUGUAGAAUCUGAGAUGUCCGCAUGAAAUAUCCUGAGGGGACCAUUCAUUAAGCUUCCUCAAGUCGAUGAAUAAAAGAUGAAGUUGUGUGUCGCAGGAUCGCACGAUGACCAUCCAAGGCGCGGCUCCCGCGGCUCCAUUCUCAGCGGAAAGGCAAACAUCGACGAGCCGCCGCUCACCCCGACCAUUUCUGCCCACCAAUUAGCACAGCUCAAUUUGUCAAGUCCCGACUGUGUACGUUUUUUCUCCUUCGAAAUAUUACUUUUUUGUCGUUUCGACACGGGAGCAAACAGAAAAGUUCGACUUCAAAAUACGGACGCGGGUGGUGGAGUUAACUUGUCGGGGAUCACUGUUAAACUUCUUCCGCUACUACCUGGAGCAUUUUUGCUCUCUUUUUCGAAAUCGUUCCUCUUGCAUUCGCAUGCAAUUUUUAUCUUUUUACUGCUUGCCCAAAAAGAGCGCAGACGGGCUUGGCUUCUCAAAUAAUUGAAAAAAGCUAUUGCAGCCUUCACUCUUCGAAAAAAGCUGAAAGGAAAGUUAUAGAACUUACCGAGACCCUUGCAAGAAAACAAGUUGAUUGUUUUGCUCUUAUGAGUUUAUCAAUUUCCUCAGAAACUGAUUAUCGAAUUAACAAUGUUUGGAGGCUUCCGACUAACUUUCAAUUAAUUAAAUUUGCUUACGAUUCAAAGACAUACUAAUUGUUCUGCACUGGAAACGACAAUUUAUUUUAAAACUUUACGAUUGACGUCUGAUUUUAGAACAGCUAGAUAAUUUCCAUGGCGACAUCUCAGCAAUAGUUACAGUAACUGGAAGUACUUGGCUGUUCAAUUAAUUAAAUCUGCUUCUAAGUGGAAAACAUACUGAUUGUUUUGUACUCUUGUUCAUAAUUUCAUUAUCAAUUUAAAAAUCUCGUAAUUAAUCUAUGAACAGUCUGAGCGACUUUUGAACAAGAACUACAGUAUUUCGAAGCACAUGAUAAGUUUUUUCGAAUGAUUCAAUCAGUUUCUAAUUGGAAAACAUACUAAUUGUUUUGCUCUUGAUACGAUUUUUAUUAUUUGUCCAGUUAGCUUCUGAUUUUAUAAAAAUCAGAUAAUUUCCAUGGCAACUUUAUGACGAAAGUUACAGUACGCAGAAAUCCUUCACUCAUGUUUAACUGGAAAGAAAAAUCAGCUUCUAAUUAACAAACAUACGAAUUAAUGUCGUUUAGUCAUAAUUUUAAAGCUUCAAAGUUUGCGGACUUUCGCAUAGAGUCUACUUCCUCAUUCGAGAGAAAAAUGUUCUGAACUCUAAAAAAUUUUUAAAUUUUUCUUUUUCAAACACUCAAAUAGAGAUGAAGAUUUGGAUCAUUAAUAAAGUCGUAAAAGCGUAAAAGCUUUUCGAUUUAUAAUUCAUUAACCUCCUGGCUUCUCCGGAAAUCUCCUUCUAAACGUUCUGCAUUAAUGGGAUUUCCGGGAUCUCGUAGCUUCAAAAAACACUACAAAACUAAUGGAAAGCUUUGCAUUAGAUUAGGAGCAAUAAAAACAUGAGCUGAUUAGUUUUUCGGGCCCAAAUUCUAAUUCUAUUAACGUGACGUGCGAUCUGAUUAAUAUGCGCAUCCAAUGAAAGGAUUACGAACAUGAGUGCGUGGGCAGAAGCUCAUUCGAGGCCAGAAGGAGGCGAGAGACCAGGAAUUUAUCGUACUUUGGGGGUCCUGAAAGCGGAGAAGUCCCGGGAAAGAAGAUAUUACUGAGCAGACAUCUCGACGAAACUUGAUAUCUGCAUGACCGCUCAGUCUUUUUCUUCCGUUCGUGACUUUUGGAACACACGAGGAUGGGAAAAUUCCCAUUUUCUUUGAAGAAAAGGAAAAUAAAACUGUGUUGUCUGAUAUAAUGGCUUUUUUGUAAUGCAUUGGAACUGUAAAUAAAGUAAUAAAAUUUUCAAUGCCGAACAAUUUUUCAAAAAUCAAUCAGAAAUUAUACGAUGUUCUGGGGAAAUCAAUCUGAUUCAUAAAUUUCGUUCCGGUGAGUUUUUGAAUACAGCACGCAUGUAAAAAAAUAAUCAUCAGAAAACUUAUUUCCAUACUGCAGAAACCAGUUUUUGAAAAAAAAAAUUCUAGAAGAGCUGAAAAGAUAACUGUAUUGAUUGAUUAGAAGUUUUUUUGAUGGAAAAAAGGCUGAAAACCAUUCUCAAAAUCUAAAAAAAAAAGAGCUCCGAAAAAGAUUUCCGCAGAAGAUUUUUGAUUUCCAUGUUCACCAAGGUUGAAAAAUUAAAGGAAAAAUGCCCCAUUCCAAUUUCCAACCGUCAAAAACACAAUUAAUCAAAAUCAAAGUCAUCUAAAUUCAGGAUUCCGACGAUUCUUCAAAUUCCGAUCUUUGCGAUGAUUCACCAUCCAGUUCAUUAUUACGGCAUAAGGGUCAUGAAAAACAAUUUGGACUGGCAGCAGGUCUCGAAGUUCAAGGGAACAGGAACGAGCACAGGUUAGCGGUUUUUGAUCUUUUAAUCUCCUUUUUCGGUCAGAGGACCAGUCUGCGCGACGGGCACGCCGUGCUUAUUAGCUUAGUUCAGAAGAGUCAGGAAGAAAGUACUUGAUACUUUGGUCACAGAGAUAUAAUGAGCUGCCGUCGGAAGUUGACGGAGACUUUGAGAAAUUGAACGACACUAGAAAUGUUAAACGGGUUCACGAAAAAUGUAUUUUAUCAACGAAAAGAAAUAGAUCUAUUGCUUCCUCGGUAUUUCUCAUCUUAACUUAAAGUCUCAUUGAAUACUUUUUUUUCGAAAUUGACUCAUUUUUGCAAAUUUCCAAAAUUUUUUUGAAGUUUUCAUUUUUCAAGGAGGUCAAAUUGAGAAAAUUUGGACAGAAUUUAAGAAUCAUCAUGAUAUUUUUGAAAAAUUCCAAAGGAAAUAUUUGCUGUCCAAGAAAGUUCAGUAAAAAUUUUUUGACGGAGGUCUCUCGGGAUGAAAUAAACAUUAAACGAAAAGAAAGUAUCUAGACUAUUCGCUGGUUUUUCCUGGCUAGCAAUAAAUGAAGUUCGGAAUGAACAAUUUCGGGAUUGCUGAUAAACUUUAAAAACAAAUUUUGAUCAGGAAUGACCAAGCUCUCAAAAACUCAUUAACUUUCAAGAUGAAUAAGAUAAUUCUACCUUGAACUUUGAGUUUAAAACCUGACUUACAGAAAACUUUUUCAAAGCGACCAAAAAUACCGUCAAACUUUGAAUUUCCAGGAGACACACGUUAUGUGCAAGCGAGCAAAUUCUGUCACCGAACAUGAUGGCGCAAUUACCGGCAUCAACCUUCUACCAGAACUCUCAUCUGAAUGCUCCGAUGUUCGGUGGAAUGAGCACGAUGCCAGAAGGCGAGGCGGCCAAUUUCAUGAAUCCAGUGAUGCUCCCGACUUUGGGAAACAUCCCGUUGACUGAGUACGCCCAGAUGCUGCCAGUUCCUAACAGUCAGUUCAUUUGAACUUUCCCUCAAGGAUAUUUUAAAAACUUGGUUUUUCAGACGAGAGAAGAGCGUCGGCAGGAGAAACGAUGUUUCCAACGAGUUUAGAACUUCAGCAACAUUUCAGUGGACACAACCAGCUACCUACGAGCUCUCAAGCACGGGCGACAGUUGAGGAAGAAGGAAAAAGGUUUGUCAAUUUCCCAACUAAACAGAAGUAUUCUUUCAAAGGCUCAGAAAAUCUUGGAGAAAAGCGAAAAUCCCUUUUGCAUCCAUUACCCUAGCAUCCACAAUUAUAAGUAUCGUAGACUAAAAAAAGAUCUUACCGACUUCUUUCACAAAAUACAACAUAUUUUAACUCCAUACAGAUUUUAAAGAGAAAACUUAUGAAACUUGAAAAAGUUUUCUCAUCCGUCACCCAAGAACGAUCUCAGAAAGUUGAAGAAUGAUGAUAAAAUGGAAAUCCCUCACAAUUCCUUUUUUUCCAGCUAUCUCAAUAAGUUCGGAGGAAAACGCAACACGGUCCACUGUGUUGGUCCGACUCCAUUUGUGAAUCCACCGACGUUAACUCCACGAUACGCGAGAAGUCCUUACACAAAAGUGCCGCCAACAGAAAGGUUUCUCAAUCAUGAAUUUUGCACGUUUCAGCGAUGAAUAUUUCAGGAGAAGUAGUUGGGCCUCGCCAACGCUCUGCUCACAACAACAGAAUCAUUUGGAGAAGUUAUUUCGGCAGUCUUUACAAGGUGAGGAGAGUCUUCCAGAGAGGUUGAGUUCUAAUCUUCCAAUUUUUUUUUCAAUUUAUAGAUCGCUGCGGAAUCCUAGCCUCAAAAGAAUUUUUAUUUUUAAUCUUUUUUUCGAUAUAAUCAAUGUUUGGCAAACUUCGAGCUCUUUUUUUCUGCAUCUUCGAAUGCGCAAUUUAUAAUUUUACAGUUUUCUAAACUUUUUUUGAGACUUUUUUUGACAAAAAAAGCCUGGACUUUAUCGAAUAUUUAAAAGAUCCUGUUUUUCCAGAAAUAUUUUUUUCAAAAAAAGGAGCAGUAAAAAAAUCUCAAUUUUUUUCGCGCUUGAAAACUCAUUUUCGAAACUUCGAGAAAGAUCGAUUCAUUAUAAAAUGAAUCAAAAUUGGAAGUAAAUAGCUUAAUAAAUUUAUCCCUUAAGGCAACAGCGAACUUCUUCCGAUCCAACAAUUACGGAAGGAAUUUCAAGAACUCUCGUAUGGAUGUGCACAGUGAGUCUUUGUAUCUUGUGACUAGAGUAUCCAGAAUUUUAUUUCCGCAUGUUUCUGCUCACAUGACAAAUUGCUCAAGAAUUAGCCCCAAUCGGUUCCAAACAGCCGUAUUUAAGGUCGACGACUGAAACGACAUCCUUAGCCUGUCCUCAGAUCUCCAUAACCGACGAACACAACCGCCAACACAGCAUUGCUCCCAGCGCCUCGUCUUUCGAUCCUGUCAGCAUGUUCGAGCAAAAAGUGAGCCUUUUUCACUGAGCUGAUCGCUAUAAAAGGAUAACUUUCAGGCAAAUGAACUGGUUUUUGGCCAGCGGCCAGCAACUGUCAUUGGCUUCUCUUCUACAUCCUUUUCAGGAACUUCAACACCUGAACAGACUGCUCGAAGCAUUGAUGACAGGGUAAAGGUGAGCGAAGAGAAUAAGUUGAGAAAAAAAAAUGUAUACCUCAAAAGGUGAAGUUUGUAAAUUUCCCUGAAAACACCCGGGCAAACGGAAAAAAGUAGAAAAAGUUUGGCGACAUUGCAAAAAAAUCCAGUGCUUUCCUUCAGCUUCAUUUUUCCAAAAAAAAAAACUACCAGAGAUUCAGAGCUGCUCCGACCCCUAUUCAAAGCGCACAAUCCCUUUCCUCUAUGUGAAAUGAAACCAGGAAGUGCCAGUACUUGACCAAAAAAAGAGAUUGAGCGCCUUUUUUUCUUCCGGGCUUCAUGAGAAAAGCUCAUUUUUCAUGUUGCAGAGUUUUGUUUCUUCUCUGCCCUUCAGCGACAUCAUCGAAGAAUUGAAAAACAGCUUGAAUCGACUGAAAAUCCCGUUCGAGGAGAGCAACGAGGUCGUCUACAUGGACCAAGGUUCGUUUCUGGACUGAAUAUGAGGAAAUUGCUGUUUCAUCAGUUGAUUGAUAAAAAAAUUAUCAUAAUGACGAAAGAACUAAAUUUGGUGUAAGAUUUGAAACUUUUCAAUAUCUCAAACAUUUUCUAAACCUUCAGGUGAAGAUUUUUUACACUCGCCGCUGAUUGUAACUGCGAAAUUGUAUUCUUGAUCGAUAAAAAUUUAAGAAAGUACUAGAAAGUUUGAUUGCUCUUAUCUUCUAAUAAUCAGGGUAAAGCGAUUUUGUAGUGAGGGAAAAAGUCAUCUUUGACGCAAAAGGCACAUUUUAUUAGGUCUUCUAUUACCUGAAAACUAAAGAUUUUGAAGAAUCUACAGCCUUUCUUUGGGCAGCGAUUUUUUCUAUACCGGUGUAGUCUGGAAAGUCAACAUUUUUUUUCUAGAAAUGCGGAGACUUUCAUUGCCAACGGGUGUCGAAAUCGGAGUGGCCGUGCUGCCUCCGGAGCAGAAGUCUCACGUAGAGUUCGCGAUUCUUUCCAACGAUUCGCCGACUUCCGAACUUCUUUGCGACCAGCUUAUCAGCCGACUCCGCAUGAUUGAUCCAAACUCUACAGCAGAAUAA